AGGGAGAAGUUUGCUGCAUUGAGCCUCUGCAUUCUAAGCCUGAGUUGAAAGAUCAUCCCAUCACACAGUUUUCAUUAUUGGCCAUGGUAUCCCUAACAAUGGUAGGCAGAUCCUGGUUAUUGGAUUGAAACCAUCCUUGAAAGUGUGGAUGACUUUCCCCUAUGGACGGAUGGAUCCUUCCUGUGUUCCAUUAUUGGCCUGGUGCUUUGUGGCAGUACAUAACUAUGUGAAUACCAUGCUUGCUUUCUGCAGAGGAGAUGUUGUUCAUUUUCUAUUGGUUAAGAGAGAUGAAUCAGGAGCAAUUCAUGUCACUAAGCAGAAGCACCUUCAUCUAUACUAUGAUCUUAUCAACUUUACUGUACAGCAGAGGAGGAACGAUUGUGACUAGCCUCUCUCUGUGCUACCACAACAAACUCAUCUUAGCCCCUAUGGUUCAGGUGGGGACUCUCCCAAUGCGGCUCCUGGCCCUGGAUUAUGGAGCAGACAUUGUUUACUGUGAGGAGCUGGUUGAUCUUAAGAUGUUUCAGUGCAAGAGAGUUGUCAAUGAGUUAAAGCAAGGGUUGAAUUCCACGAGUCAAAAAACAACCCUCUUUAAAGAACCAACUUUCUAGAAAAUCCAGGGCCCUAGGCUGCUUUGAGAAGAAAACUGGAAAAAGCAGGCUACCUUCUCUCCUUGGGCCAUCUCACAAACUGCUAGCUGAGCGUUGGACCCAGAGAGCUGCUUCCUGCCUGUUUCUGCACAGAGCUGGGAUGUGACAGCUGCCCGUGGUGCUCGCUGUGCUUCUCUCUGGUGAUGGCAGAGAUGAGAGGGACACUGCUGGUACUGCUGUGUGUGUCCCACUCAUCAUCUACUGCUCUUCAUGUGGGAGUGGAAAUGCCUUCCAUCCGUGGUGGCCUGUCCACUGGUGUGGUCUUGGCAGGUUGUGGCAUCCAGAAGGCCAACCUUGUGGACCAGUCAGAGGAGAACCUGGUCAGACCUUCAGAGUUCCCCUGGGUAGUGUCGCUGCAGGACACACAGUACACCCACCUGGCAUUCGGCUGCAUCCUCGGCAAGUUCUGGAUCCUCAGCAUCGCCUCCGCCCUCCAGCACAGGAAGAAUGUUAUUGCUGUGGUUGCUAUAGCUAACAUGGAUCCUAAAAAGAAUGAUCACAUAGAGUACCCAGUCAGUACCAUCAUCCUCCACAAGGACUUUAAUAACAACUCAAUGAGCAAUAACAUAGCCCUCUUGAAGACAGAAUCUGCCAUACAUUUUGACGACCUGGUCCAGGCCAUCUGCUUCCUGGGCAAAAAGCUACAUAAGCCACCGUCCUUGAAGAACUGCUGGGUGUCAGGAUGGAAUCCCACGUCUGCAACAGGAAAACACAUGACAAUGAGUAUCCUGAGGAGAAUCUCUGUGAAAGACGUUGCCAUGUGUCCUUUGCAAAAACUACGGAAAACAGAAUGUGGCAGUCACACCAAUAUGGAAACUAAUGAUGUCUGCUUGGGGGAACCAGGAAACCCUGUGAUGUGUCAGGUGAAGCAGUUGGAUCUCUGGGUCCUCAGAGGAAUCCUGACCUAUGGAGGAGACUGGUGUCCUGGCUUGUUUCUGUACUCCAACGUGGAAGACUACAGCAACUGGAUCAUGGCCAAGGCCAAGAAAACUGGCCCUUUACUGACUUCAUUCCACCCUUGGGAGGAGUUGGCCACUGACUCCCAAGACGAAUCACAUGCUGGCAUGACAGAGAAGCUAUAUUCUGAACAGGGCCAUGCUGAAUGGCCCCGAUCCUACUCUCAAGUAAAAGGAGGAUCCACUGUUUACCAGGAGUCUAAAAAUGGGCAGGACAUCAGGGUAAAAGGUCUUCAGGAAACAGGCUGGGCUUCAAAGGUGGCCACUCAACCCAUGUACUAUGACUACUAUGGUGGGGAGGCAGGAGAGGGUGGAGCUUUGGCUGGCCAGAACAGGGUGCAUCAGUCCCAAGAACGGAUCUUGAUGACCCUCGUGCUUGUUUUCUUGGGCAGCGGUGUCUAGCUAGGAGCCAACCUAUCACCACACUGAAGAAGCUCAGAGAAUAAGGUGCUAGGCAUCCAUGUGCUAUUCUGGUAUCUGUUCUUGAUGGGUGCCACCCGGGCUGCCAUAGGCAGGCCUAUGGCAGCACCAGGCUGGUUCUCCCUCCACUCCCACUCCCGCAUGUGAGAAGGUCACUUCCAUCUGUGCUUGUGAACUAAAUGUGGGCAAACAAGUGUCAAACCAUCAGAGUACCCUGUGGUUCUUU